AAUUCAAUCAAAUAAACCGAUUUUGUAAAAUUUACAAAAAUUAACUUUUGAUUUUUUUUUUUCUUACCCUUACCUAUCGAGGCACUUGGGCGUUUAUAAAAUGGUGGAUGCUGUUUUCAGUGGCAUACUAUUGGGGACUACCGGCUAUGCCAUGGUUUCGGUUUCACCAAUCGAACGUCCUUACGCCUAUACCGCUUGCACUGUCGGUUUCUGUCAUGCUCUCGCCGGUCUUGUGAAGAGUUUAGUGAGCAAAAAAAAUUUCACUAAGCGUAUUAAGCGUUUAACGUGCAGUUGUUUGGAAAUAAUGACAGUACCCCUGAUAAAUAUAGAGCUAUAUUUGAAAUCGGAACAAAGUAGCCCCUUGGCUUUGGGCCAUGGUCUGUUUAUAGUUCCUUUAGCUUUUGAUGUGAUAACGAAAGUGGCACCAAACGAAGAAGGCGAUGAAAUUGCUACACAGACUUUAAAGGAUCUCACAAUUUUGGGUAACAUUAUCUCGUUGUUGUUUUUGGCUGCCAACGAAAACAUUUCUGUAUACGGUUUGAUGGCAUUAGCCGCAUUUACUGCUAAAUACGGCGCCAUACUAAUGGACAAUUUGCUAACUAGCACAGGCGAAGGCACUAGUUUAAUAGCUUACGCAAUCCUCUUGGGUUUAGUUCCAAUGGCUCUAAGAAGCGGGUCAGUCGAUAUACCGGCGCAAUAAAAAAUGCUUAUAUAGUUUCUUC